UAGAGAUGACUAUGAAAUGAUUUUUUGUUUUCAAUCUUUGAUCCUGCAGAAUACUAUAUAUAUGUAUGUGUCGUAUCACCCAUUACACCAAGCAUUAGUCCCUCUUCAUAUAUUCUGCUUCUUCCUGAACCUCUCAUUUGAACUAUUUUAGUAUUAUAGUAGGUGUGGCCCUUAGUAAUUAGCAUGGAGAAAGAAAUGAUGAUGAGAUUUAGCGUGGAGAUCGUACGAAGCUCCAUCGUAAAAUCGCCUGUACCCACAAAAGAAUGCACGCUCAAAGGCUCCAACAUAGAUCUCACUGUUCCUGCCAUUAGUCCCGGGCACUUCUUUGUUUACAAACGAGUGCAAGAUAAGACAUACCAAGAGAUGGCAAGUCCGAUCAAGAAGGCGCUCUCUGAGACACUAGUACUGUUUUAUCCAGUGGCUGGAAGGUUUAUCAUCAGCCAUAAUGGUGAGCCUGAGAUAGACUGUAAUAAUCAAGGAGUGCCCUUCAUUGAAGCUGAAUCGGACGCUGCCAUUAAAGAUCUGGAUUUUUCUCAGCCAAGUUUAUCUGUUGCCAAAUUGACUCCCACGAGGCACCCUCUCCAAGGAGAAUCCCCUCGUUGCGUUCCUGUUUUAGCUGUACAGGUGACGAGGAUGAAGUGCGGAGGAAUUGUAGUGGGUUGUUGUUUUGAUCACAGAAUAGUAGAUGGAAUAAGCAGUUAUAAUUUCUUUAAAGCAUGGACGGAGGCAGCACAAGGUCUAUCAUCUUCCAUUAUUACGCCUUGCUUUGAACGCUCACUCCUCAAUCCUCGGUACCCUCUCAACACUGGUGCCAUUGAUAAGCAUUACAUGGCACUGCCUUUCUCUGCUCUCGAUCGCACUGAUCCUCCUCCACCCCAAAUUGGGCGCAUUUAUCAUUUGGAUGCUCUCACGCUUCUACAAUUACAGGCUCUGGCUAACCAAUCUCAAGGAGAACCCCGUGUUGGGAAACCCAUAACAAAGAUGGAAGCAGUCUCUUCCUAUAUUUGGAAACUUUUUGCUCGCGCCCAAGCUUUAACCUCUUCAGAACCAACCAGAAUCGGUAUCCCGAUCGACGGACGUGCAUACCUGAACCUCCCUCCUUCCUACUUCGGAAAUGUGAUAGCAAUUCCUUUCAAGGAGAGUUAUGCAGAGCACAUAUUACAGCAGCCAUUAAGCAAGAUAGCAAAAAUUGUACGCAACGUUAUAACUGGUUCUGCAAACAGUGAGUAUUUCAUGUCCUUUGUGGAUUGGGUGGAGGAGAAGAGACCUGCAGCGAUGUUAGCGAGAGUUUAUGCGGAGGAAGGAUCUGCCGUGGUGGUGUCGUCGGGAGUGAGGAUUCCAUUGUAUCAGUUUGACUUCGGAUGUGGUAAGCCUACGUUUUCAAGUGUAUAUUUUCCAUGGGGAGGAACAGCAGGGUAUGUGAUGUUGCAGGCGAGCCCCCUGGGAGAUGGGAAUAUGGUGGUGUAUAUGCACAUGGCUGAGAAGGACUUAGACGCCAUUGAAACUGAUCCUGAGUUUUUGUUCGUGAGGGUCAGUCGAAUGAAUUUCUGGUAGUACAAGGGAGUUUAUAGUAUAAAGAUCCAAGAAGAAUUGUAGUACGCUUUCGCGUUUCCUCCACAGUGGGAUUCUUGCUGCUAAACUAAUGUUUUCGACAGUUUUUAUCCACUGUUUUGUAAUAAAUUUGGUAACUCGCUCCAAAAACACCCAAAUAGCAGAAAUAUAAUGGCUUACUUCUAAGAAUAAUUAAUGAUAAUUUAUGCCAUCAAUCAGUUUA